AUGCCAGACAUUGAUGGCUUUAAGCUGCUUGAAACUGGUCUUGAAAUGGGCUUUCCUGUCAUCAUGAUGUCAGCUCAUAGCAACAACGACAAUGUUGUGAAAGGUACUACUCAUAGCCAGCCAUUUGCAGAAGUACAGCUAUUCUUGAAAAAACGGUACGAGAACAUGGCUGCAGAUGCAUCUGGAACAAAAGAUUUAUCUGACCACCCAUGGCUCAACUUGAUGUUGAAGUGCCAAUAUGGUUCAGCGUCACCCAACAGGACCAGAACUCAAGCUUAUCCAAUCGGAAAAAAUCACCAUGAAACUCUGUUACCAAGAGCCGAGAAGGUGGAUCUGUUUCAACCAACUCCACUAGAGCCCCUCCCCUUUCCUAAAAGCAAGCACUCAGCGUACAAACAGCCGCUCGAGACAGCCAUUAAGUUACCAAACACACCAGAGGUGACCAAGAAGGAUCCGGUAACGAUAGAGCCCUUCUCGUACGGUGGUGCUACCAGGAGACACAGGUUCUUCUUCCCACUGAUGCUAGCUGCCGCCAUUGCACUCUCUACUUUCUUAUGGUUUUGUGUCAGUUUGUGA